AUCGCGGGAGGGGGAGGAGGUGGGGGAGGUGAUAGUGGUGGAGGUGGAGGCUGAAGCUGAAGCCGAGCAAGAGGUGGCCGAGGUGGAGCGACUCGGCGGGGCGCGCGGCCUAGAAGCGUUGGAAGCCUGAAUUGAGACGGCGGCGCCUGAAGACAGCAGGAGUGGCGGGGCUGCCGCCGGCGCUUAAGAGAUGAGCCGGGAAGCCUGAGGCAGAGACGCCCGCCCUCGGGCCUGUCCGCCCGGCUUCCCUGUUCCCGGGUACUGGAAGAUGAAAGAGACUAUACAAGGGACUGGGUCUUGGGGGCCUGAGCCUCCUAGACCCGGUACAGCUUACUCAAGCCCCAGGCGGGAGCGGCUUCGUUGGCCCCCACCCCCUAAACCAAGGCUCAAGUCAGGUGGAGGAUUUGGGCCAGAUCCUGGAUCAGGGACCACAGUGCCAGCCAGACGUCUCCCUGUUCCUCGGCCCUCUUUUGAUGCCUCGGCUAGUGAAGAGGAGGAAGAGGAGGAGGAGGAAGAAGAUGAAGAUGAGGAAGAGGAAGUGGCAGCUUGGAGGCUGCACCCCAGAUGGAGUCAACUGGGAGCCUCCCAGCGGUCUCGCCCUCCCCGCCCCACUCAUCGAAAAACCUGUUCACAGCGCCGCCGCAGAGCCAUGAGAGCCUUCCAGAUGCUGCUCUACUCCAAAAGCACCUCGCUGACAUUCCACUGGAAGCUUUGGGGGCGCCAUCGGGGCCGACGGAGGAGCCUCGCACACCCUAAGAACCAUCUCUCACCCCAGGAAGGGGGUGCAACGCCACAGGUGCCAUCCCCCUGCUGUCGCUUUGACUCCCCCAGGGGGCCACCCCCGCCCCGACUGGGUCUGCUAGGUGCUCUCAUGGCUGAGGAUGGGGUGAGAGGGUCUCCACCAGUGCCCUCUGGGCCCCCCAUGGAGGAAGAUGGACUGAGGUGGACUCCAAAGUCUCCUCUGGACCCUGACUCGGGUCUCCUCUCAUGUACUCUACCCAAUGGCUUUGGGGGACCACCUGGGCCAGAAGGGGAGCGUGGCCUAGUACCCCCUGAUGCCAGCAUCCUCAUCAGCAAUGUGUGCAGCAUUGGGGACCAUGUGGCUCAGGAACUUUUUCAGGGCUCUGAUUUGAGCACUGCAGAAGAAGCAGAGCGGCCUGGGGAGAAAGCUGGCCAGCACAGCCCCCUGCGGGAAGAACAUGUGACCUGUGUGCAGAGCAUCUUGGAUGAAUUCCUGCAGACUUAUGGCAGCCUCAUCCCCCUCAGCACUGAUGAGGUGGUAGAGAAGUUGGAGGACAUUUUCCAGCAGGAGUUCUCUACACCAUCAAGGAAGGGCUUGGUUCUACAGCUGAUCCAGUCAUAUCAGCGGAUGCCAGGCAAUGCUAUGGUGAGAGGCUUCCGGGUGUCCUACAAGCGGCACGUGCUGACUAUGGAUGACUUGGGGACCUUGUAUGGACAGAACUGGCUCAAUGACCAGGUGAUGAACAUGUAUGGAGACCUGGUCAUGGACACAGUCCCUGAAAAGGUGCAUUUCUUCAACAGUUUCUUCUACGAUAAACUCCGUACCAAGGGUUAUGAUGGGGUGAAAAGGUGGACCAAAAAUGUGGACAUCUUCAAUAAGGAGCUACUGCUGAUCCCCAUACACCUGGAGGUGCAUUGGUCUCUCAUCUCCGUGGACGUGAGGCGACGUACCAUCACCUAUUUUGACUCACAGCGCACCCUAAACCGCCGUUGCCCUAAGCAUAUUGCCAAGUAUUUACAAGCAGAGGCAGUGAAGAAAGACCGGCUGGAUUUCCACCAGGGUUGGAAAGGUUACUUCAAAAUGAAUGUGGCCAGGCAGAAUAAUGACAGUGAUUGUGGCGCCUUUGUGUUGCAGUACUGCAAGCACCUGGCCCUGUCUCAGCCAUUCAGCUUCACCCAGCAGGACAUGCCGAAACUUCGACGGCAGAUCUACAAGGAGCUGUGUCACUGCAAACUCACUGUGUGAGCCUCGUACCCCAGGCCCUGGGCCCAUCAAUGGGCAGGGGGCCGUGGGAUACCCUUCCCGAGAAACUCCAGUUCCUUUCCUCUUGUCUCUCGCCUCCCAACCCAUCCUUUUUCAUAUUUAAAAUGUUUUGAUUUCUGUAUUUUUUUUCUUUGAGAGAAUACUUCUUGAUUUCUGAUAGGCAGGGAAUGGCCACAGACAGCUCUUCCCUUCCUCUUUGCCGAGGAGUAUUGCCUUGUGGCCUGGGUGGAGCAGUCAUCCCCCUUCCAUGCACAGGGGGCAGGAAAUCCUUGUGGGGUGGGGGGCGCAAAGGGAUUACUGCCUGCCAGAUCUUCAAACUUUUUUUUAUAUAUAUAUAUAAAUGCCACGGUCCUGCUCUGGUUAAUAAAGGAUCCUUUGGAGAUUCGUAA